AUUUAUUGUUUAUAUAAUAUUGCAGAAUAUAUUAAAAGUUUACUCGAUAUAGGUUUCUGAAGAUAAGGAAAGAAAUAAUAUUUUGAAGAAAUACAUCAUUUGCAACUUAUUGCAUGUAACAAAUAAAUCAAGGAAAAUAGUAAAUAACAAAUUUCUACUUUAUUAGUACCCAGUAAUUAUAAAACCACCAUGUGCAUGAAUGGAGACUCAGGACAAUUUUUUUAUUGUAUAAUUUUUCUUAAAAUGACCAUGAUUUAAAGAAUCCUUAAGAUUUAAUGCGACCAUUAAUUUUUGAACUCAGACUUGUACUAAGAAUAGAACAUCUUUUUUUAUAUCUUCUUCCUACUUACAUAAAUAAAUAAGUAUUCGAUACGAUUUGAUAAAAACAAAUGCAUACGAUGCUUACAUUUAAAUGAUAUAGAGUUUAUGGAAUAUGACAUGAGAAUGGAAUACAAUUAUGCUAUGAUUUCUAUUAACAAUCAAUCAAGAUUUUGAAUAAGUAAUACAAUUUAUUCGUACAUUGUAUCGCUAACACAGCAAAUAGGAUUCAAAUAAUAAUGAGUAUUAAUGACUCACAGAAUUAUUGGUGAUAUGUAUAUAUUAGAAAAUAACCUAUUAAAAUUAAGUGUAAUAUUUGAAACAUCGUUUCCUUAUUAUGGUUCAAAGAGAGAAUGGAAGAAAAAUUGAGUAAAAAAGGUUACCGCAAACAAAAACGAGCUCAUCACAGGCUUCUUAGAGAUAUGAAUAUUAAAUGCUCUGAUAAUCCAACAAAGUAUGUGAUGAUUUGUAAUGCGGGUUUGGUAACUGGAUUAAAACGAGAAACAUUACAAAAUAUUAUAGACUCGAUUGUUUCAAAGUAUGAUAUAAUAAUGCCACUAAAUAAAUCCUAUUGUUUCAUUAAAUUUGAUUCAAUGGAAGAUGCAGAAUGCGUUUAUAAAAAAAUUCAUGGUCACACGAAUAUUAACAAUUUAAAUACACCAUUAUAUGCAACAUUUGCAGAAUCAGUUCCUGAUUUAGAUGAUCUAUCUUGUCAAAUUCCUUCAGGACUUAGAUUAAUAGAAAAUAUUAUAACUGAAGAAGAAGAGACACGUUUAUUGAGUUCAAUUAAUUGGAAUAAUGAAGAAUCACUUUCAUCCGAUUUAAAACAUAGAACGGUUAAACAUUUUGGAUAUGAAUUUCAAUAUAAUUCAAACAAAGUAGAUCCUAAUAAACCAAUUACACCUAUUCCCAAAGAAUAUCAAUUUUUACAAACAUUAUUUAAACAAUAUCACAAUGUACCGUAUGAAUAUGAUCAACUGACAAUAAAUCAUUAUUUGCCUGGACAAGGAAUUCCCCCACAUAUUGAUACACAUAGUGUCUUCGAAGAUUCUAUAUUAUCUUUGUCAUUGGGUUCAUCAUGUAUCAUGAAUUUUAAACGGGAAGAUAAAAAAGCUGAUAUUCUUUUACCUCCUCGUUCAUUGUUGAUUAUGUCAGGGGAAACUCGUUAUGCUUGGUCUCAUGGAAUUUGUCCUAGACAUAAUGAUCAAAUAAAAACAGCAAAUGGAAUAACAACACAACCACGAAGCACAAGAGUAUCAUUUACAUUCCGAAAAGUCAGAAGAGGUCAUUGUUCUUGUACUUUUCCAGAAUACUGUGAUAGUAAAGAAAAUCUUUUCGCUACAUCCAUUGGUGACAAAGCAGCAGUAGGAAUAGAAAACUCUUAUGUACACGAAGUUUAUGAAAACAUUUCAAGUCACUUUGAUGAAACAAGGCAUAAACAGUGGCCAAAUGUUUUAAAAUUUCUUGAGUCCUUAAAUCCAGGUGAUAUUCUAUUAGAUGUAGGUUGUGGAAAUGGUAAAUAUCUCCAUGAGCAACAUAUAUUUAAGGUUGGAUGCGAUCGAAGCCAAAAUUUAAUGAAAAUAUGUCGCAAUAAAAGAUUUGAAGUCUUCUUAUCUGAUUGUUUGUAUUUACCAUACAAAGAUAAUAGUAUAGAUGCAGCAAUAAGUAUAGCAGUAAUACAUCAUCUUUCAACCCAUGAAAGAAGGAAACAAGCAAUUUCAGAAUUGGCACGACUUCUUAGACCUAAUGGAAAAUGUUUAAUUUAUGUAUGGGCGAAAGAGCAAGAAAAAGAUUCUAUACGAACUGCAUAUUUAAGAUAUGGUACAAAUAAAAAGGAUGAGAAAACAGAAUUUGUACAGAAAUUGACAGAGUAUGGUGUAACAUUACCAGUGCACGAAAAUCGUACAACAUUUAUGUCUACGGAUAUGCUUGUUCCUUGGAAAAGAAAAGGAGGAGGAAACUUCUUGAGAUAUUAUCAUGUAUUCGAAGAAGGUGAAUUACUACGCUUGUGUUCGGAAGUACCUGCGAUUACAAUAAAACAUGUAUAUUACGAUCAGGGGAAUUGGUGUGUAAUUUUACAAAAAAUAGAAUAAAAUAAUUUAUCUGAAAAGAAACAUUUUUAUGCCAGUCAUUAUA